UUCAUAAUGGAGAAGACGGUGCCGAGUUGGUCAGAUAUCAACCGCGAUCUUUUAUCUGAAAUCGCUGAUCGAAUAAAUUGUAUGCGCGAUUUUAUCAUCUUCGGCACGGUAUGCAAGUCAUGGCGAUCAGUUGCUUCCCCGGAUAAAUUCAACAAAUCCACCAAAAUUCCGUGGCUUUUGCUUGAUCAAGAUAAAUAUGAUCACACCCCCCGUAAAUUUUUCGACCUUUCGAAAGAUGUAAUUUACAGUAUCGACCUACCGAAACCUUAUCUUCGUAAAGUUCAAUCAUCUAUCGCUAGGAAAUUUUAUCUUCCUCGUAUUAUAAAGAAAUUUUUUCUGUGUUCUUAUAUCAAGGAAAAACAAUAUUUUUUGAGUUCAAAAGGAUGGUAUAUGAUAGUUGAGAAGGAGAUACAAUUAAGUCUUUUGAAUCCGUUUUCGCUUUCAAGAAUUAAUCUGCCACAUCCUUUCCCUGUCGCGAAAGAUUAUAAGAUGAAGGAUUUUGCCAUGAAUCCUUAUAUCACGAAGUUCGUCUUAUCCACCAGUCCGAGUUCCUCAUCAGAUUUUACAAUCAUGAUUCUGUACCGUUUAUAUAGUUUUGACCCAAUACGAUUAGCGUUUUGGAAAAAUGGAGAUGGCGAAUGGAGUGAUGUAGACUUAAAAUUUUAUUCAAAUUUCGUCGAUCUGACAUACCAUAAUGGCCGAUACUAUGCUGGUCACCUUUUUGAUGCUAGAUUCAAUGGUCCUAUUCUUAUUGAUUAUCCAAAUGGAUAUGUUGUUUAUGAAAUUGACGUUCGAAAUUCUGCAUCUGUUUCAACACGCACCAAGUCGUUUAGUAAUCCCUAUAUGAAUACUUUUUGCCGGUUUCCAUUUUGGAUAGUUGGAUCAUCUCGAGUGUUGCUGAUGGUCUCUUGGAGAGUGGAAUCUCUGAAAUGGGAGAGAGGAAGAGGUCCUUGUUAUCUCGAUACUCUUUAUUCUCAUGUCCCGCAUUGUCAGUUUAUAGUUGACGAGGUUGAUUUUGAGAAGGGAGAAGGUAAAGUAGUGAGUAGUUUUGGAGAAGAAGCUUUAUUUUUGGGAUUAAACUCUUCCUACUUGGUUGAUGCAUCGAAAGAAUCAAGAUUUAAGUCGAAUCACAUUUAUUUUGCUGAAAACUUUCAGAAAUUUUGGUCGUAUCACGAAGGAGGAGGUGUUGGUGUUUACAACAUGAUUGAUGGAUCGUCUAAACCGCUUUUCAAUGCGACAGAUUCCAAAUAUAUUUGCUCUAGUCAAUGGAUUGAACCAAGACUCUGACCCAGAUCUUAGGGUCUGAUUUUAUUUAAUGUGCAAAUUUAAUACUAAUUCUAUUGUUUGCUAUAUUUUAUCUUUAAUGUUUUUAGGGUUAAA